CGAACCGUCUAAAACCGGUGGCCCUGCAUUUCUGGCUUCUGCUGCAGGCAGUUGUGAGGACCAAAGGAGAAGAAGAAUAAUGGCGAUGGCAUCUGCCUGCAACUGCCGCUACUCUUCUCUGCUGUUCUCUGCUUCGUCAUCUAAUCAGCGAGUUAUGCAGCGGCACCCGUUAUUCAUUACAUCUGUUGCUACCAUUAGCCGUCCUCGAACGCUCGCGGCAGUUCGAGCCCAGCGGGCCUCCUGGCUUCCUGGUUUGGAUCCUCCUCCGCACUUGGAUGGCACCCUAGCUGGGGAUUUCGGGUUUGAUCCUCUGGGUUUAGGGGAAGACCCAGAAACCUUGAGAUGGUACGUGCAGGCAGAGCUUGUGCACGCUCGUUUUGCAAUGGCAGGUGUGGCUGGAAUUCUGUUUCCUGAUUUACUCCGUCUAACGGGAGUCAGUGAUUUACCAGUUUGGUAUGAAGCUGGAGCAGUAAAAUUCGAUUUCGCAAGCACAAGAACACUGUUUAUUGUUCAACUGAUUCUAAUGGGAUUUGUUGAGACUAAGAGAUACAUGGAUUUCAUUAGCCCUGGAUCGCAAGCAAAAGAAGGGUCAUUCUUCGGUCUAGAAGCGGCAUUCGAAGGUUUAGCACCAGGCUAUCCAGGGGGUCCUCUGCUCAACCCACUGGGUCUGGCGAAGGAUAUUGAUGACGCUCACGAAUUGAAGCUCAAAGAAAUCAAGAAUGGAAGAUUGGCAAUGGUGGCAAUGCUGGGCAUUUUUGUGCAAGCCUCUGUGACGCACACGGGUCCCAUCGACAAUCUGGUAGCCCACCUCUCAAAUCCAUGGCAUACAACUGUUGUUCAGACGCUCUCUUCCAUGACAUCAUAAAUGUGAGAGAGAGAGAGAGAGAGAUUUGCAAUGUUUCGGUUGUAAUAAUCACUGGCAUUCAGUUCGCUACUUGUACACGUCCAUCAGUCCCAAGUUUUGAUGUCAAACUGAAGAUAUCUACUUGAGCACUUAAAAUUCAAAUCGCCAUUUGUACA